AUGGAGACAACGAAAAGCCUGAAACUGGCGAAUGCAAGUGGUUUAAUUAAUUUUAUUUUAAUUGGGCAUUCUUUGCAUAUCAAAUGGUCUUGUAGUGCAAUGCUUUUAUUGAACUUCGUCGCGUCUGCACAUUCUCAUGCUUAUCGCACGGGACUUGAUUUCUUUCGCCAACAUAAUAAAUCAAAACAUGAAGGAAAAAGGAGAAGAAAUAAACUUUAA